AUGCCAGAUUCUCGUCGCCAACUCAUCCAGCAUGCCAAUGGGCAGACUACGACAUACAUCUAUGACAGCUUUGUUGACCCCUGGAAACCAGCAGAAACUAUUCUCCUCCAGCAUGGAUUUGCGCGGACAGCUGAACAUUUUUACCACUGGGUACCUGCUCUAGCUCGGCGGUACAAUGUCCUACGGCGAGAGCUUCGGGGUCACGGCGGCUCAAGCUAUCCCCAGGCCGAUGAACACAGCAACUAUGAACACUCUAUCAACACCAUCGUGGACGAGAUCAAGGACACAUUGGAUCAGUUGAAUAUCCAGAAAGUUCACUUCGUAGGCGAAUCCACUAGUGGUAUGCUAGCAGAAAUCUUUGCCGCAACAUAUCCAGAGCGAGUCAGCUCCGUUAUAGUGUGCUCUUCGCCUACGUUCUUACCAUCAGAAGCACAAGAAUUCUUGGCAUUCGGUAUGGAAUCAUGGCCAGAAGCGUGUCGUCAGUUGGGUUCACGCGGAUGGGCCAAACGACUGACGGCAUCCAACGGAACGGUAGGGAGUACCGACCCUGCUUAUCUGCAAUGGUGGAUCGAUAAGGUUGCUACCAGCGAUGGCGAAGGCCUUGCCAGGUAUGCUGAGUUUCUGAGCACGCUCGAUGCUCGACCAUAUCUUAAAGCCAUCCAAGCACCUUUGUUGGUUCUUUCACCGACCAAUAGUGCUUUAGUGACGGUUCAGUCUAUGGAGGAACUAGUCGCAGAGGUUCCCAAUGCGAGGUUGGAGGUUAUUGAGUCGCAAGGGCAUGAGAUCUACGCUGAGGCUGCCGAGCAGUGUUUAAGCAAGCUUGUGGAGUUUCUUGAAGAGAUAUAG